ACGAAGCGGAUUACAGCGCCUGACAUCAGUCCUCCUCAUCCUCCUCCUCUUCCUCCUGCUCCUGUUCCUGCUGCUCAGCUGAUCCGGAGGAUUCCCUCUGCGGGGACACUCAGCACAGCCCCGCCUGUAUGCUCGCCUCCGCUCGCCUCCAUCAUGGACUUCAACGUGAAAAAACUGGCUUCUGAUGCGGGGGUCUUCUUCACCCGGGCCGUGCAGUUCACAGAAGAGAAGCUUGGCCAGGCUGAGAAGACUGAGUUGGAUCCACACUUGGAGAACCUGAUCACUCGUGCCGACUGCACCAAGAAUUGGACUGAAAAGAUCUUAAAACAAACAGAGGUGCUACUGCAGCCCAAUCCAAUUGACCACACUGGUGCUCGGAUCGAGGAGUUCAUCUAUGACAAGCUGGACAAGAAGCUUCCCUCCAGGACGACCAACGCGGAGCUUCUGGGUCAGUACAUGCUGGACGCUGCCAUCGAAUUCGGUUCAGACACGCCAUACGGCAAAACCCUGAUCACAGUAGCGGAAUACCAGAAGAGGCUCGGAGGAGCCGAGCGCGAGUUCCUCCACACUUCGGCCGUCACUUUCCUCUCACCUCUGCGCAACUUCCUGGAGGGAGACUGGAGGACCAUAUCAAAAGAGAGGCGGCUGCUGGAGAAUCGCCGGCUGGAUCUGGACAUCUGUAAGGCACGCCUGAAAAAAGCCAAGCUGGCAGAAGCCAAAGCAGCGGCUACACCUGAUUUUCAGGAGACUCGGCCUCGAAAUUAUGUUCUUUCUGCCAGUGCAUCAGCGCUGCAGAGCGGCUGGGCGAGCUGGGACGUGGAGCCCGACCCGGUCGUGUCAGAGCAGAGGAAGCUGCUCAGUGAGGAAGUGGACAAAGCAGAACAUGAGCUUCGCGUGGCCCAGACGGAGUUCGAUCGCCAGGCUGAGGUCACCAGGCUGCUGCUUGAAGGCAUCAGCAGCACACAUCUCAACCACCUGCGCUGUUUGCAGGACUUUGCUGAAGCUCAGGCCACAUACUACGCUCAGUGUCAUCACUACAUGCAGGACCUUCAGCGGGAGCUCAACAGAUGUGCUAAUGCUGUCAGUGCACCCCACUCCACUGCCUCCGUCUGCCCCAACCCCGUGUCCCCCGCCUUUCUGUCUGGACCGGCAUCCUCCGGAGCCGCUGUCCCUGCCUCCUCCUCCUCAUCCAGCCAGAAGCCGGUCACGCUCGCCAUGGAGCAGUCACAGCUGCCCGUCACGGGUGCCAGGAAGGCCAGGGUCCUGUAUGAUUAUGAUGCCCACGACACCAGUGAGCUGUCAUUGUUGGCUGAUGAGCUCAUUACCGUCUACACCGUACCAGGAAUGGACCCCGACUGGCUGAUCGGAGAACGAGGAAACGAAAAGGGCAAAGUACCCGUCACCUACCUAGAACUGCUGAGCUAAUGGACCAAGCAACACACACACACACACACACACACACACACACACACACACACACACACACACCC